AUGACAGUGAUAGAAAGCAGCUACACCAUUCACAGCCAGCUAGAGCAUCUGCAGUCCAAGUACAUCGGCACCGGCCACGCGGACACCACGAAGUGGGAAUGGCCGGUGAACCAGCACCGCGACUCCUACUGCUCCUACACGGGCCACUUCGAUCUUCUCAACUACCUCGCCAUUGCCGAGAAUGAGAGCAAAGCGCGAGUCCGCUUCAACUCGAUGGAGAAGAUGCUGCAGCCUUGCGGCCCGCCAGCCGACAAGCCAAGCCGGAGGAGAACUGAGACCCCGCGGUAUCACCGCUAG